CGCUCAGUUCUGUGCCCCUGUAAAUUUCCCAAUCUCCCCUUUGCCCUUCCCUUCCUUCGUCCCUUUUUUUUCCUAAUUCCCAAUUUUCUCCCGGAAAAUUGAAAACCCCUUUCUUACCCUUUUAACAAUUAUUACCCGCCAAAAACAAUCAAAUCCCCAACGUUCUAAAAUUUUCUUCCUCAUUUCUCUGCAUAACUCCAAUCCAAUUGUGUUUCCCACCAAAAACCCUAGUUUCUUCCUCCCUUCUGGGUGGUUUCUCGCUUCAACGUUUUGUUCCUUGUGUUCUGUUGCAAUAUCCACCUCGUUUUUACGCUUCUUGAAGCUUAUUGUCCGUGUUAUUUUAUGGGGUUCAUUUUAGUUUUCAGCUAGGGUUUCCAGUUCCAGGUAUGUGUUAUCAGUUUGUAGAUUCGGGUUGUGUUUUGGGUCUGAGUUAAUUUGUGGUUCCUAGACUGGUUGUUUUAUUCAAUGGCAAACAAUGAUCUGAUACUCGGACAAAGUCACAGUUUAGCAUUGGGGCAGAAUCAGACACUGGUGUUAGGCCAUAAUCAUAAUUUGGGUCUCACCCAGAACCAUGAAUUGGAUUUAGGAACAGGCCAUGAUCAUCAUUUAGGCUUGGGACAGUCUCAUGAUCAUGACCUAGGUUUAGGUCACUCUCAUGACCAUGAAUUGGAUUUAGGACAGAGCCAUGAUCAAGAAGGGGAUGUGGGUCACAGUUACAGGCAUGGUAACAAUUUAACUACAGAUCGAAAACCUGACCACGAUGACCAUGAGUUGACUUUAUCAGAGAAUAAUGUUUUGGUUGUUUCUGAAAACCAAGAGCUUGAUGGUAAUCUGGAAUUGGCUGUGGUUGAUAACCAAGAGAUGGGAAUUGAUCCUGCCCGAGAUUUGCAGCAAUCCCAGGUUUUAGUCAGUCUCCCUCCUGUCCUCCAGUUUCGGAAUUCUAAUCCGAGUUAUGAAUUGGCAGUUGGGCAGGAGUUCCCUGAUGUUAAAAGCUGCCGCAGGGCAUUGAGGGAUACAGCUAUUGCUCUUCACUUUGAAAUACAGACCAUAAAAUCUGACAAGACUCGCUUCACAGCCAAAUGUGCGAGUGAGGGAUGUCCGUGGCGUAUACAUGCAGCAAAGCUCCCUGGUGUUCCAACAUUCACAAUCAGAACCAUCCAUGGGACCCAUACAUGUGGAGGACUCUAUCAUCUCGGCCAUCAACAAGCCUCUGUGCAGUGGGUGGCACACUCUGUUGAGCAGCGAUUAAGGGAGAAUCCUAACUACAAGCCAAAAGAGAUAUUGGAAGAGAUUCAUAGGGUUCAUGGAAUAACCUUAUCUUACAAGCAAGCCUGGCGAGGCAAGGAGCGUAUUAUGGCUGCUAUGCGUGGAUCUUUUGAGGAAGGGUAUCGCUUACUCCCUCAGUAUUGUGAACAGAUAAAGCAGACAAAUCCGGGGAGUAUUGCAACUGUUUAUGGAAACCCAACAGAUAGCUGUUUCCAGCGUCUCUUCAUAUCAUUUCAGGCUUCUAUUUAUGGUUUUCUGAAUGCUUGUCGACCACUUCUCGGGCUAGAUAGAACAUUUUUGAAAAGUAAAUAUCUUGGAACUUUGCUUCUUGCUACUGGUUUUGACGGUGACGGUGCUUUGUUUCCUCUGGCAUUUGGCGUCGUCGAUGAGGAGACUGAUGAAAACUGGAUGUGGUUUCUCUCCGAACUUCAUACUCUGCUUGAAAUUUAUACGGAAAACAUGCCAAGGCUUACGAUUUUGUCUGAUAGACAGAAGGGCAUUGUGGAUGGUGUUGAAGCAAAUUUUCCUACUGCUUUUCAUGGAUUUUGCAUGCGUCAUUUGAGUGAAAGUUUUCGGAAGGAGUUUAAUAAUACUAUGCUUGUCAACCUUCUAUGGGAUGCUGCUCAUGCCCUGACUGUUAUUGAAUUUGAAGCAAAGAUUCUUGAGAUUGAAGAGAUAUCACAAGAUGCUGCGUAUUGGAUCCGACGAAUCCCACCUCGAUUGUGGGCAACAGCUUAUUUUGAAGGGACACGGUUUGGGCAUCUAACAGCAAACAUAGUUGAAUCCCUGAAUUCUUGGCUUUUAGAAGCUUCAGGUCUUCCAAUAAUUCAGAUGAUGGAAUGCAUUAGGAGACAGCUUAUGACUUGGUUCAAUGAACGCCGAGAGACAAGCAUGCAGUGGACAUCAAUACUUGUGCCUUCUGCUGAAAGAUGCGUUGCGGAGGCCCUUGAAUGUGCACGUACAUAUCAAGUGCUUCGUGCUAAUGAAGCCGAAUUCGAAGUUAUAUCUCAGGAAGGAACAAAUAUAGUGGACAUUCGAAACCGCUGCUGCCUUUGUCGUGGCUGGCAGUUGUAUGGCUUGCCCUGUGCACACGCUGUGGCUGCACUUCUUUCUUGCAGGCAGAAUGUUCAUCGAUUCACUGAGAGCUGUUUCACCGUUGCAACAUACCGGAAGGCAUAUUCUCAAACUAUUCAUCCCAUUCCAGAUAGAAGUCUAUGGAAAGAGUCGUCCCACUGCGAUCCGAAUGCCAACAAAGCCCUUGAUGUUAUCAUCCACCCACCCAAAUCACUUAAGCCACCCGGUCGACCACGAAAGAAGCGAGUUCGAGCUGAAGAUCGUGGCCGUGCGAAGCGGGUUGUGCACUGCAGCCGCUGUAAUCAGACGGGCCAUUUUAGAACAACAUGUGCGGCGCCCAUUUAGGUUGUGAUUUUGAGGAAGUUGAGUUUACUGCAUUAGAACUUGGGUAUGUCCCAUCUCUACUCUUGGUUUCCCAUCAAUCUUUUUUGUUAGUUUAUCGUUCAUUAGAUUUGCAAGUCGAUGUUUUGUUGUAUUUGUGUCAUGUAUGUGAAUUAUGCCUAGUAUCAGCUAUCCACUUGUCC